GAGGUGUUUGAGACUGGCAAGCAUAUUUCUGAAUAUCCAACGAGACCGCAUUUCGCCUUUGACAAAUAAAAUCGUCAUUGUUACAGCAAAAAAGCAGACCGUGUACGAGGUCAUGGCCGGUAUAAAAAGAAAAACACAGUCGCCUCAGGCUUCAGCCGCAAAGACGCAGAAAUUAGAUAAGAAGAAGAUUAACCCGCAGGCCGUGCCAGACAAGAAAAUGGAUCCUUUCAUCGAAGAGUUUUGUAAAAAAUUCAAACAGCCUGAAGAUUCCAUCAGAUGGCUUUUGUCAAAUACCGAAAUAAGUCUCGACGAGUUCGUUAAAACCAAAUGGCAAAAGGCCCCCCUAGCCAUACCCACUAAAGAAAAGGAUGCAGUAAAGCUAAAGGCAUUGUUCGGCUACGAUGUCCUAAUGCAGGCAAUCGCAACACGGGCGAACGUAAAAGCUCGGCUGCGUAAGCUUUUCUAUCAACUGGAUUUCUCUAUCGCAAAGACCGUCGACGACACGUUUACGGAGUUCGAAGAGAACCCUGCAGAUGAUCAACCAGAAUACAUGACUGUUGAACAAUUAAAGCCACUUAUGGACGAAGGCUAUACGAUUCAGUUGUACCAAAUAGCUCGUUUUCAACCUGGAUUACACGCUCUGGUCGAACCCUUAGAAACGUUCCUGGGGCGUCUCGUGAAUAUCAAUGGCUAUGUUACACCCGCUGGCUGUCAGAUGCGGCCCCUCCGUUAUGACAAUGAGGAUUAUUUCGUUAUUCAGACAGAGGGAUCUGAGAUAUGGAAGUUAUACAAAGCUCAAGUGGAGCUUCCUAUUAUGUUCUCCGUUGACCCACUGAAUCGGAAUGAACUGGGUGAACCGACCAUGAUCGUAACCCUCAAACCCGGAGACGUUCUUUACGUGCCGGGAGGAACACCUUUCGAAUCGAAGGCUGGCCCAGAUGCCCGAAGUUCGUACGUGAUCCUGUCCUCAAACUGUGGCAACUCCGUUGGAGCGUUCGUGAAAUAUUCAAUAGAUAUCUUACUUGAACGGCUGGAGGUGGAAAGCGUAGAGCUUCGUCGAGGACUACCGGUAGGUUAUCACAAUUUGUCAAGUGCUGCCAAAAAGGAAGCUUACGCAAAUGCCCUCCUAAAAAUGGGCGAAGCUAUCCGAGCGAAAGAAGAACUCACCGAAGAGGAAAAACAGCCUUCAUUGGACUUCAUGGUUGGCCAGUUUAUGGCGCAGAGAUUGCCGCCAUUCGGGGUGAAGCGAAUCCACGGUGACGUCGAAUACACGGAAAAGACCAAAGUCCAACUUCGCAAUAAAAACCAUUUUGCAUAUUACAAUCGAGUGAAGCAAGACUACGCCGACGCUGACGAAGGCGACAAGGACAAUGACCUACAUUCAGGUGAAGACGACGGCGAGCUUGCUAAUGAAUCAAACGACGAGGCGAACUCACACAACGUUGAUGCAAAAAACAACGGUGAACAAGCAGAUAAUCAGACGCUCAUAGAAAUGCCUGCGCACGAUCGAAACGAUAGUGAUGAAGUCCAACAAAAGGACGAACAAAAAAACCCUUCAAAGGAUCAGAAACAAAAUGAGAAAAUCAGCCAAGGCCCCCAUUCUACGCAAAUUGUAGCGAAAAACAAACUUGGUCGAGCUAACAGAAAGGCCCAAGAAGCCGAUUCGAGCUCAGAACAGCUAGCUGAUAAGAUGAAGACAGAGAAUCACCGCGUAUCUGUUUUCUCCGUUGAAAGUAGAAAGUCCGAAAACUCCGAAGAGACUCGAAGUGAAGUCGUUGUCAUGUCCUCAAUGUAUAACGACAUUCACGAACGUCAGGACUCGUUUGAUGGCGAGUUUGAAGAUAAAAUGAUAACCUUGGAUAUCAAAUAUAGGCCUAUACUCGAUCGACUUAUGGCAGCCACAGAGCCACUAACAAUAGCUGAGCUCAGCAAAGGAUUUGAAAGCACUGUCGAUACAAGAAAUCUCAUAAGUGUUUUUGAGAACUUGGGCGCUAUUCAGAUCUUAUGAACAAUCUAAGCAAACAGUUUAGUCUCAAGAAAGCCUCGAACGGCUCAAAAAGGGUUCUCAAGUAAUGAAAUGAUUAUAUAAAUAUAGUUCCUUAAGGAUUCGGUUUUUAUAUGAGUGGUAGCAAACUCCUGUUAAUCUUAGAAGGUAUGAUACUGCAAAAUCUCAGAGAGAUCAAAUUGUUAUUAUUUAGGUAGGCAUAUAUAUAUAUAUAUAUAUAUUCACUUUUUAAUCAAACAAGGCCUCUAAACCACGGAGCCCAAGACAAUGUUCAGGCACCACGAAAGUAUCUUGUACAUAAAGUUGAUUUUAUUCGGUGAGAUAAAUAAGGAAAAGGCAUUUGUACUUAGAGUUUCAGCCCUGUGCUAAAAACGCCCUUGACUAAUUCGUCUCAUCCAUUUUGUUACAUGUGUGAUAACCUGAGACAUUAUAACCGAUAUCUGAGACGAAAACUAUAAAAUGGUAGUAGUCGAUGAUACUUAAGAUCAAUGCCCUUGCAACAAGCGGUAAUCAUGCACACAUCCUUCGAUUUGCUGCUCGGCUAACUUCCGGCAAGAACAAUUAACUUCUUGGCCUGUACGAUCUAAAUUCCGAAAGAAAAACUACUUUGAGGCAAUGAUUUAGGAAUAUCAUCAUGCAGUCCAUACUGUUAUUAACAUUGGAAACAGUAACAAACUGUGUUUGGAAUAAACUAUUGCCGUAAAUGUCAUGAAAAUGCACAUUAACAGAAUGAUUUAAAUUAGAUAUAAUUAAUCUUUGCACUUCAUCAGUAGCUGUGUAAUUCAUUGAUAUUUUCCUGAUAAAAUAGAUUAAAGUUACAUGAACACUGUUACCGACCUGCGUGUUCCUGCUAUGAAAGCGAUGUCCGGAAACUUGCCGAAGAUCUGGAUAAAGCAAUAGCAAAACUUUGAGCAGUUUUACUUUCUUGGUCAUGUAUUUUUUUGUUCAUAUAAUUGUACAACAUAUAAUACAAAGACAACUAUAGAUAGGUAAGUUUUUUAAAUAAAGGUGAUCAUAAUCUGUAAGUUCUACUGCUGUCUGUUGGGCGUAACCGGCGUGAUCACGGCUAUAGAA